UCCUCCCCCAACCAAACCGGCCCAGCACGAAACGACACCAAUCGCGUACCUCCCCUUCCCCUCCAGGCCUCCACUCUCGGCGUCCGUCUCUCUCUCCUCUCCGGCAGCUGCGCGACGGGCUUGGCUUGGAUCGCACCCUCGUCGGAGCUACCAUGGCUGGGAAGCUUAUUGCAAAUCUGAUUGUCAUGGGCUCUACAAUUAUAGGAAGAGCUAUGCUUCAGGCAUAUCGUAAAGCACUUGAUAAUGCAAAUAAAACCGGUGUGGCCCAUGAGGCAAUAAACAAUAUUCGUAGAGCAAGCAAAACAAUGACCGAACAAGAAGCGAGGCAGAUACUGGGUGUCUCAGAGAAUUCAACGUGGGAAGAGAUUGUACAGCGAUACGAUAACUUGUUUGAAAGAAAUGCCAAAUCUGGGAGCUUUUACCUCCAAUCGAAGGUUCACCGGGCCAAGGAGUGCCUAGAAACAGUGUACCAAAAGAACAAACAAGAUGAGCCUCCUAAUUGAAAUCCCACCCCUUAACCGCUUCUGAUACUCUUUUUCCCGUCAUAAGAGAAGUGUACAUACAAACAAUGGUCGCUGCUGUUGUAUCAGUAGUAUGCAAUGUAGAACCAAUAAGCUUUGUGUGCAGCGACUGCAAACCUACCUGUAUAAGACUGAUCUGUAAGGUCUCGCUGGACCACCUCCUUUCUCUUUUUGUUUUCUUUUUCUUUUCUUUUAUUUUCUUUCUUUUUUUUCGACCAGGUCUCGCUGGACUUGGGCUUGGUGGCGCCUACAACUUUGUUAUUUUGCCAUAUGAUGAUUGUACGAAACCAUAUUCUUGUACUGUGGUAUUCUUGAUGCUAUCUGCAUUGAUUCCUGAAAUGAACAAAGUUCUAUAAUUUUUUGUAC